AUGGAUAGCGAUGCCGCUGAUACGGAGAGAGUUACCGAGCUAGGCAGCGAUUCGGAGGGCCAGGAUGCCCAGAACAAGAUUGAACAGCAGCCUCGUUCACGCCGCGUGGGGAUGCAGCUCACAAACCCACCACCCAACCUUGUCCUGAGCUUAGCCGCACUAACGUAUACCGGCCUCGAUACUAUCACGACCUCCUCACCCCUGCCCCAGACUCCAACUACUACGGACAAGCCUUUGCCUCGUCCACCACUUGCAUCACCCCCUCUUCCCCCUCGCUCCCCUCUCCGCCAACCUCCGCGACGCAAUAUCGCCCCACUAAUAACCACAGCACCAUCCAGAGAGUCGCAAAAUUCAAACGAGUCGGCUGAAUCUCAUUCCGGGCACACACCAAUCGAGACGGCCGAAGAUUUUCCAGCCGAGGCGUCUAGGGAGUCCAUUAUGUCUAUUACACAACUCCUUGAAGAGAUCAACUCUGCAGCGCUCAUUGUACAGCCUUCCACGUCUGCAAUGAUGAACGGCACCAUGUCAAAGUCCGUCCCAGUCAAGCCUUCUGGUUCGCAGAGACCUGACUCUCCUCCAUUACCAUCACCACCAUCGCCGAAAGAACUGAAGGAGACUAAGGCAAAGGCAAAGGCAAUGACGAAGCGGCAGCACGCUCUACAUGAGUUACUGUCAUCAGAGCGUGCGUUCGCUAGUGAUCUAGCUUUGAUCAGGGAAGUCCACAUUCCGCUUGCAAUGGGUCUUCCCGCGUCAUUUAGUCUUCCCGCUGCACCACACGAGGGAACGUCAACAGAAAUAGUCGUGAGUAAUGGUUCGCGCACACUUUCGACCGCAUCUUCGUCAACAACAUCAUCCGCAUCCACCAACUUCUCGUCCGCAUCCUCAUCCACCACCGCAACCUCUGUCUCAUCCUCAAGCACGUACACACCCUUUUCAACAUCGAACCCACCUUUCUCGCCUCUUGACACGAAGGUCAUCUUCUCGAAUAUUGCAGAACUAGCUUUCUUCAGUGAUAAGUUCUGUGACUUGCUGGAGGAGGCUUUGGGGGCUGAAAUAGAAGGAGGGCAAGGAGAAGACAGGGUCGGGGAUCUUUUCUGUCGAGUGAUUUCCGACCUUGAAGUGCCUUACAAGCAGUACAUCACGAAACAUCCGACCGCUUUGGCGCGACUAGCGGCACUGACGAAGGGGCUGCCCGCCCCCGACGACCAGGCGUCGGAACCGUCACAGCAGCCGCUUAGCACUUAUCUCGCUCUUACUCAACGAAUCGCUUCUACACACUCCCAUGCAUGGGAUUUACCUUCACUACUCAUAAAGCCAGUUCAGCGCUUGUUGAAAUAUCCACUCCUUAUUCAAGCCAUCAUCGAUGCCACUCCUCCCUCGCACAGCGAUUAUCAGCGCUUGAAAGAGGCGAAAGAACGAACAGAGGAAGUUGCGAGAGCCGUUAACGAGGAGCGUCGGAGGAAAGAAGUUGUUAUGGAGGUGUUAGAGAAGGGAAGGAAGGGGGCGGGAAUUGGCAUAUUGGCAUUGAAAGAUUUGAUAGGCAUGGAGGCGAUAGGGAGUAUUAGCGGGUUGGUCGGUGCUGCGGCAAGCCCGAAGAAGAAGGGACUUGGCGGGAAGAUGAAAGGGCUGAAGAGUCCAAUGAAAGGUGCUAGCAGCGACGAUUUUGAUUCUGGUUUUGCCUCGCCGCUCUCUCAUAAUGGUUCCACUGUGACGCUUACGUCGACCUUCUCCGGCGCCAACACUCCCAUGAAAGACACCAACUCUGAAAGUCUAUUGGUCCUAGCCCUCGCAUGGCACCUUGACGAGACCUAUGCAUUCUUGCAUAGGUUUGCAACUGAGAUUGUCGACUGGUCGCGGGUGAUGAAGAAGAACGUCGAAGCAUUGGAGAUGUGGGCGAGGGCGUUCGGGAGGGUGAUUGGGCUAAGCGUGGACCCCUGUCUGUUUGAUGACGAUGCUACCCUGCUUGAUGAAUCCUUUGGCAUGGGCAGUCAAGGCUCAGGCGCAAGUGGGAUGGGUGGUGCCCAAGGAUCUUACUCUCAUUCUAUGUUUGAGGAAGAAGUCAUGCACUCCGAGGCGUUCGAUGCGUUCAUCAAUCUUGUCCGUUCAAGACUUCUUCCACUUACGGCCCAGCUAGAGAGGGAUAUCAAAUCUCGCCUACUCGAUCCGAUGACCAAGCUUGUGAAGAGCAUGAAUGAACCCAGGAUCCUCAUCAAUGCUAUGAAUGGCUUUCGACCUAUUCACGAUCACCUCCUAAACACUCCUAUCACAUCAUCAUCGGGUAAGAAUCGACCUUCCCCGUCGCUGCUACAGGCAUCGUCAACGUAUCUCGCUUUACGAGGGCAACUUGCCACCGAACUGCCCGCAUUUGUUGAGCUACUGAACAAGGGGGUCAAGGCCACGCUGAAAGAGUGGGUGGGCAUGCAAGUCGAUUAUUGGAAGGAGGUAAGAGUGCAGUGGAUGGAUUUGUGGGAGAUGCUGAGAGUCGAGGGUGAGGGGAACGGAGGGGCUAGGGAGACGAUCGGCAUUUGGGAGAGUAGGUGGAGGGAGGUUGACGAAGUCCUUCAGAUGUUGCCGAUUGUGAGGCCGAUUGUUGGAAGCAAGGAGAAGGAGAAGGAGAAAACGGGAAAGAAGGACAAGAGCAAGGCAAAAGACAAAUGGAGGGCAAGGAGUGGUAGUGUAGGGGCGAACAUCAACGCGCAGUGGAGUGUGGGUGUAGCGGGCACGUUGGAGAGCCUGGAUCCGACGAAGACAGGUAGUAGCAAAGGGAGAAGCAGUAUGGGAACUACCGCGUCGGAAGGAUCAGUCGCGACUCGAGCGGGAGGCAUACUUGCGGCGUUGGAGCCUUCUCUUCAGCCCCAUCAUGGAUCAUCUUCGUAUAGUGGCCUCCCCAGUCCAGGGUUUGGGAACGGUGGAGGAAUUCCAUAUGUCUCUGGGCCUCUUCCUUUAGCGCCAAGAGGUCGUGCUCGCGGAGGCACCGAAACUCCUCUACGGCACGGCGGGUCCAGCAUGUACGAUAUGCCUGGCGCCAUCAGAAGAGAUACGUCCUCGCAUGGAGAUGUGGCGACGUCGCACAGUUCAAGUAGAUAUAGCGGUGGAAGUGGUAGCAGUGGUCGGCCAGCUGCUGCUGAUCCUGAUGAGACGCUGGGUUUGUCAGCUGCGAGAACUGCGCAAGCUAAGCGUGGCUCGUCGCGAUCGCGGAGGGAUCAACAACAAAUUGAUGGUGCGCCAACUGCUGUUGUUGACUACCGCGUAAAUGGAGGGGGCGAUCCUGGAUUCGGCGAGCUCGGCGAAUCAGAAUAUUACCAGGCGGAUAUGGCAGAUUACCUCGUCGCUCUGGGUCUGGACAACUCGUCAACUAGCUUUGACGAUUAUAUUGCCGUCGAAGAGCCCCCGACAGCGCGGCCGACACCCACCAGCUCGGCGCCUAGGCCCAAGCCAUCUAUGCAGCCCCGUACGAAGAGUAUGCCGACUUUGACUCAGGCUGGCGGAAGUAGUUCAGAGGUUCCUUCCCUUCGGAGCUCAACGACGUCUGCCAAAAUUCUUUCGGACGAGAACCAGAGGGAAGAAGAGAGGGAUCGAGGGAGAACGUCGAGAAAGCCUAGUAUACGUCGCAAGUUUACAGAUAGCCUUCGUUCAUCCCACUCUUCGUCUUCGUCCAUCCAGAACCAGGUUCAGCAGCAGCAAAGCCCUUCUCAACCUCGUCGCCAUCGCUCUCCUUCAGCCAAAUCUACGAACGACACGUAUUUCUAUGUCGAUCCCAACGCUCCACCAACACCUGGUAGCAAUGUAACAACCUUCGCAUCGUCGGCAAACCAGGGGUAUAUAGCUAGCAAUGGCAACGGCACGUCACGGAAAUCGUGGUCGUCAGCGCCACCGAAGUAUGUCUGCCAGGUCGUGCAUGCAUGCAACCCACCUUCGGGCGUUUCGUACUUCAGUUAUCCUUUCUUUAGGUUGGUUGAAGGGCACCUAUACGAGGUACUUCACGAAGCCGGGCAUCCUAGCAUGCAUCCCAAGCUCCCGUUACAUGUUGACGACGGCGCCGACUGCUUACUUCUAGUGAGGGACGCUAAUAGCACCGUUGGUUGGGCAUUGGCGAGUUUCCUUAUCCCUUUAGAAGAUGAUAUAUAA